AUGCCGGGCUCUCGCUGCGAAUGGCGACGGGCGCAGCCUAGGCAAAGCCAGGCAAGGUAUGAUACUAUGAUCGACAAAUCGGUGGUUUGGGUUUCGGUCCCCUGCAAGCGGGGCCUGGCUGCCGUGCCAUCAUCCUUGAGAUGGCCCUACAGAGCAGCACCGCUGUACCCUUCCCUCGGCGUCUGCACCUCCAUCAUUGGUCUCUGGGGAGCUUUAGGCAGGAGGCUCGCGACACGUCUGAUUGUUGCCGACCUCACGCACGCGCUCGAUAGCCUAUCCUGA